GGCUGUUGCUACGGCAACCACAAGAGCGUCAACAUGUCGGCUGGAGCGCCACGUCGUGAAAAGAAGGAGCCGGUGAAGGUGGAGGACAGUGAGCCGCAGAAAACGGCCCCAGCGUUUCUCCUGUGGGACGAGCCGCCUCAUCUCAGAACUGUGGCGCUGCAGCGGAGGAGCGCAGCCGAGCUGGAGGCGGAACUGAAGGAGAUCCUGGGCUUGAGGAACCAUCAGACAUGUAUGAAGGAAGCUGCCCUGCUGGAUUAUUACGUCUGUGGUUUCUGGUGGACUAAAGAGAAGAAGUUCAGCCCCGCACAGACCUCCUUCACGACAGCUGUGCUACACAUGCUGAUGGACAACAUAAGAGGGAAACAGAUGGGUCUGCUGGAGAACUUGAUGGAGUUUGCUAAGGCCUUGGCUCCUGCCUGCCAGUGUUGGACUUCAGGUGGAGACACCACUUCACUUCUGGACAGAAAAGAAGCCAAAGAGUUCAUAAGUUACGUCACAAACAGUUUGUUUCAGAAGCACAGACUCUACGAGCUCGUGCUGACCACACCCAGAGAGGAGUUGCUGAUGGGCCUGGAGAGGACCAUUGAGGUGUUCAAUUGUCAGGACACGCUCAACCCAUUGGAGGAAGGCAUCUCCACUCUUCUACCUGAAGUGACAAGCCACGUGUGUCUCUCCCAUAAAAAUGAAUAGGUGUCUUCAGUUUUACUUCACAGACACUGGCAGAUAGACAUAGUGAAGUAGACCCGUUUUCCCGUCACAGUUAAUGGGAUGCCUGUUUACAAAAAAUAGUAAUAAAGUAAUUUUCCAUACUUAUGCUCUCCUUGGCUUGUCCACCCAGGAAAUGUCAAACCCACCCAGGAAGAUUCAGACCCAGCAAUGUUGGACUUCAUUGUUUGAAUGCAGGAAUUUCAAGUCUGUAAAUAAUGUAUGAGCUUAUUUCCAACGUAUAAUUUCUUUAAUAGUUUGGUAUUUUUGGUUUAGCCAACAUGUAUAGGUAUUUCAGUAUGCUGCCAUUGUAGCUUUGCAAUGACGUAACUUUUAACUGCAACUAAAACUCAGGAAAGUAUAAUGAAAUAAAUCCUUAAAUGCAAAAAUAUACUGUAUGAACCAUCCAACUCAGUCAAUGUAAAUCUGUGAGUCAAGUCGUUGAGCACAAAUUUUAAAUCAGAUAUUGAGUCAACGGGAAAAACUGUACUUCUUGACUUAUUGCCCUGGAGUUUUUAUUGUGAACUAUACGGUGGGUGAAGAGCUGCACUCCAGGUCCUGAGUGCUUUCAGCUUUCCACUCUGCAGGAUUUGUGAGUAAAACGUCUGUUUUUAGCCUUGCCAGAGAUUGCCCGUGUGUAUCCACUCCAGCCUUUCUCCUACUGCUUCUGUGGUGAUAAUAAUCACUACAUGUUUUAUUUAAAACGCUUUUAUCAGGGCAGAAUCUCUACAUGGAAUAAAAGCUCUAACAUGAAAAUCGGGGGUCCUGUGAGAAUAGCAAUACAGGAGCGAUGAACAUUUGGAGCUUUUAUUCUCAAUGAUACCCAAUGCUUGUUGUCCAACCAUUAACCAACAAGAAUAAAAUGUUCUAUUUAGAAAGGAGUGUCUGUGACACAUAAAAAAACAAAAAUAAAUCUGGUAAAUCUUCUGUAUUUUAUAAAGUGCUUUUCUAGUGUUGAUGACCACUCUAAGCACUUUCCAGGUUUUUGCCAUUCACACACACAUUCAUCUAUGGGCGGCACUUUUUUUCUAUGAGAACAGCACAGCCAAUUUGGAGCUUUCACUAGUUUCCCAAUAUACUGUCAAUAGACUGUGUGCUGGACCUUCCGUGCAGAGUUUUUUAUAAACAGUCUAUGAAUC